CCCAAAUAUUUAUAAUUUUAUACCUGAUUCCUGAACCUCAGAACCUGAAACGGUGAGGUGAGCAGUUGAGACUUGAGAGAGGCGGAGAGCAGAGAAUCAGAGAGAGGCUGAGAUGAGAACAGACUGAACAGUGGAGACUGGAGACUAGAGAGAGGCCGAGAGCAGAGACUAGAGAGAAAGAUUAACAAGAUGCCCCGGAGGCCAACAAGGUACCGGCGAUUGUUGAAACCUCGGCCUCUGACCUUCUCCUCUUUUUCUCGUUCAGCUGCUCAGGUAGCCUCUUCUUAUUUGGCAAAACGUCGAAUGCAAGACUCCAAACUCCACAGAGAAUCUCCCCUGAACUCUGCAGAUAACAGAAUUUUGAGGGAUACUUUGGGAAAAAGGAGUGAACCAUCUGAGUCUUCUGAUGAAGAGGAGUUUGAUGGAAACGUUCAAGCAGAUUUUGCAUUCUUUGAUCCCAAAUCCAAUGAUUUUCAUGGAGUGAAGACAAUGCUGCAAGCCUACCUUGAUAAUAAGCAGUGGGAUUUGAAUGGUUUUAUUGACUUGAUAUUGGGACAGACCACAGUGGGGACUGUUGUUAAAAUAGAGGGUGAUGAAGAUGAAGGAGUUUUUUCUAUUGUGACUGCUCUAAACUUGGGAAGAUAUAAGGACCAUAAAUGUAUCAUGGAGAUCAAGGAGUUCCUCCUUAAAGCAUGCCAGGAGAAGGAUGUAGUAGAUGACUUGAGAUUAAUUUUGGGAGAACAAGCACAGAAUGUGGGUCUCCUGGUCUCUCAGCGUGUGGUGAAUCUUCCUCCCCAGCUUCUGCCGCCUCUUUACGAUGCCCUCUUUGAUGAAGUCUCUUGGGCUACAGAAGAUGAGCCCACAGAAGAGCUCAGGAAAUCUUUUUGCUUUAAGUUUUAUAUAAUUUUCAGUAAAAUUUAUAAGCACAAGAAUGCUGAUCAGAAAAUGAAGCUGAGUAAUGACAUUGAUGAGGCAAUAAUCUAUACAAAGCCAGAGGAUGAAAUUUUUCACAGGCUUAGCCAGUGGUCGUUCAGCUUUCCUUUGCACACUCAACAGCCAACUCAUGAGCUAAGAAAUUAUCGGUUUAUGGGAUUAGUCAUGGCUGUUGAAGCAGAAAAAAUUUCUACAUUCCGACAAGAGUUGAAAUCUUUAAUAAAUGAAUCCUGAGGCCAAGCAUAAGGUAUCAAAUUUUUUUAGUUUAUAAGCUUUCAUUUUUCUUCUGUCAACACUUCUAAAUUAGCUUUCAACUUCACUGAGCUUGUCCAAGAGGUCUGAGGUGCCUUUUUUUUUUUUGGGUGGGCAUUUUUCUUGUACGAUGGGGAAUUUAUCUGUAAGGAUUUCACUAAAUUUUGUAAUCAUGGGUAGUAGACCUGAUUUACAAGACA